AUGACGAGCAUCCGACCCUGCCACUUCCAGAGCCUGACACGAUGUCUUGCUCCCACUGCCCGUCUGCCACGUAAAGCCCGGCCCACGCUGCAAUUCUCGCCCAUUCCCGCAAAAAGGCCGUUUUCUUCGACAAUACCAUGUAGCAAAAGGAUAGACGCUGCGCAAAAGAGUGAAGAUGCAGCAAGCAAAGAGGAAUUGCCCAAAGAAUACCAAGACAAGCCAGACCGCAAGACCAGUCGAAAAAAUGCCGGAAAAACAUCGUCGCUGCGCAGUGUGGCAGUCGAAGCACAGCGGUCACGAGCUUUUAUAAAAUCUAGAGGAAGGACGCGCUUCAUUGAUCCAGAUGCCCAGACCAAGACUGUGACUGCCUACUGUGCUGCAGAGACAUACGACAUCUCUGCCGCCGCUCGCCUCGUCAAGGCCCAAGGCUACGACCUCGAUCCCUUCCAGACGGGCCUGUAUCCCCAAGUCAUUCACGUGCAGACUUCCGACCGCCCUUCUGAGGUUAAGGAUUUCCAGCAAGGCGACAUCUUUAUCUUCCCGUCCGGCACAGUCGUAACAUGGAAUGUCCGCGAACGAGAGGCCCUGCGACUCGUCAACCAAGUGCUCCCCGCCGCAGCCGAAGGAUCGCAUCUUGACAUGCUCGAAACAGAAGACCUCGAGUACCUCGAAGACCCUAGCAAAGAAACCAGCGAAGUAGUCGGCGACACUAUUGUCCUGGGCACAAAAGCCGAGCCCCCCUCUGACAACGGUUCGCCGUCAGGAGCAGACGAGCUUGACCAACAGCGCCACGAAGUCGACACCAUCCUCGCCAAAAUCGCCUUCUCUUCCGGUCUCGCCCGCAGCACCAAGCUCGCCGUCCUCGAAACCCUCUUGUCAGCAUACCAGCACUCGACUCGCGACAUCCCCACCAUGCUCGCCUCAUCCAAGACCUUCUCCCCUCGCCGCAGCGCCCCCUUCACCCGCUCCUUCAUCCUACGCAAAACAGGCGAGCUACUCUCUCUGCGCGCUCAGCUAAAUCUCUACUCUGAACUAACCGACUCCAUGCCCGACAUCUUCUGGGACUCACGCCACGAGCUGGGUCUAGGCGAAUACUACGACCAAGUCGGCCGCGCCCUCGACGUAGGCGUCCGCAUCAAGGUACUCAACGAGAAAAUCGGAUUCGCCCAGGAAAUCGCCAGUGUCUUGCGCGAGCAGUUGAGCGAGAAACACGGUUUGCGACUCGAAUGGGCCAUUAUCGCUCUCAUCGCUGUAGAAGUUGCGCUGGAGUUUUAUCGUCACUGGAAUGAAGGCACAGAGAGAGACGAUCCCGAUAGCACCGAAGCGUUGCUGAGAAAGUACCUUGAGAACUUGGCCAAAGACAAGAGGACAGAGUCUACGUCGCAGCGGGAACAAGCAUGA